AUGGAACAAUUAAUAUAAGGUGGUUGCCAUUGUUGCAAAGUAUAAUUUGAAUUCUAUGGUCCACUUGAAAUGGAAGUAAUUUAAUGUGUUUGUUCUAUUUGCCGAAUGAAAUAAAAUCAUCAUGUUCUAAUUCCAUAAUCUAAAUUCAAGUUAUUGACAAAUAUGGAUGAAUUAAGUUUAUAUACAUUUAAUACCAAAUAAGUAUUUAUUUAACUUAAAUUUAGGCAAAACAUUAUUUUUGCAAAACUUGUGGAGUGUAAUCUUUUUUUUAUCCAAGAUCAAAUCCAAACAUGAUAGCUGUUACAAUAUAUUGUUUACAAUUACCAUAGAAUGUCAAAUUAACAAAGUUAACAUAAGGACUUGAAUAAUCGAUUAAAAGAAUCAUUUAACAAUGA